CAAGCAGGUAUUAGAGCGAAAGGUGAACCAGUGGAAGGGGUUGCUAGAAAAUGGAGGUCUGAAGCUAAAUGUCGCGAAGACCGAAUACAUGGCCUGCGGAAGUACGGAUUCCACUCCCAUCAAUAUAGGGAACGAACCUGCCGUGAAAACGGACAAGUUUAAGUACCUGGGAUCAGUACUGCAUGAGUCCGGGAUCAUUGAUCACGACAUCCGGGCCCGAAUAAGCGCGGCUUGGUCUAAAUGGCGGGAGGUCACAGGAGUCAUCUGCGAUCGCAGAAUACCGCUUAGACUCAAAGGGCUAGUGUAUAAGUGUAUUAUCCGUCCAGUCCUACUUUAUGGCGCCGAGACGUGGCCGGUUCUUGGAAGGCACGUUCAGGAGCUUCACGUUACAGAGAUGAAGAUGCUGCGGUGGAUGUGCGGCGUUACGUGCGCUGACCGCAUCCGUAACGAGUACAUCCGUGGCAGCCUCGCAGUCCGUGACGUAGCAGAGAAGCUCCAAGAAUGUCGCCUCCGGUGGUUCGGCCACGUUUGUCGCAGGCCAGCUGACUACGUAGGAAACAUAUGCCUUAAACUAGCCCUUGACGUCCCCCGACCCAAGGGCAGACCAAAAAAGCGAUGGCUCGAUGUCGUGAAAGCAGAUAUGAGCGUGAACGGGCUCACACGAGACGACGCUCAGGAUCGCGCAAAGUGGAGGAAAGCAAGUAGGAAAGCGGACCCUGGCAAAGGCCGGGAUAACGCUAGGUAGAAGAA